CUUUUCGGUAAAAGCCGGCAAUUAGCCACAGCUCAUUUUUAUUCUCAUCGAAGUGCAGUCUACUAUGUUUGAAUAAUCUCUUGCAUAUUUCAUCUAUUUUGAUCUAUUGGUGAUUUUGAAUGAUGAAAUGCUGACAUUGGCCAGUAUCUUUCAUGCAGUUCGACCACAAAGUUGAUUAUCCAGGCCGGUGUGAAAGGCAUUAUUGGAUCAUCAAACUUCUAUAAUCACUACCAUGAUGCGCUUCUUAAGCAUCAUCUUUACAGUGCUUCUUUUACAUUUAAAAUCUAACAUUACUGCGGCCACUGUUCUGGACGACUAUACGAUUUGUAAAGCGGACGGUUUCAGUCGUGCUUCAUUGUUAUGUGAUGUUGAUAAUACGCUGGCUUUUCACACCCAGCAGAAGUUGAUCUCGUUGCUUGAUGACCUUCAGCGAAAGGUUAAGUGUAGCUGUGAAAGUGGAUGCGAACGUGUGGAUGGAAACAACAGGUACAUUGGUGUUCUUCUUGUUACAAAUUCGACGAAAGUUGCUGAUAGUGAUGAGCCACUGAAUGAGACCGCCAAGAAGAUUUACUACGACGCACAGCUAGGCAAUGUGCACUGCAACAAUGGACUUCUCAUCAUCUAUAUUAAGGACAAAAAGCAGUUAGUGACAUAUCAUGGUGAUGGUUCUUAUAUUUUUCUAGAUACGGAAGAUCUGGUAAAACUGCACAGCCUGGCCAUCAAAAAUAAGCCACUGGAUGAUGUUUUGGCAUUGCAGUACCUGUUAUCCAAUUAUAACAAUGUACGGAAAGUGGAAACGCAACGAACCGAAACCUGGACGCCAAUUGUUGGACUGUUUUUGGCUCUUACCAUUGUACUUUUAAUCCUAGCAACAUUGUUGACCUUAUUCUUGGCACGGUUUUGUUGUUGCUGUGCAAGACGCAUCAAGGAUGAAGAUGAAAUAUAUCAGACAGAUACGGUAGGAGGAUCUAGAAAAGUACUGAUUGCAACGUCUACACUUGAACGAAUUUAUGGAACGCCAGGAGAUGCUGUUUACAGCACUCCAUAUUGUGGGACUCCAGUCUCACCGCCACAUUUGCCUGGCUUAAGGGCAGAAAUAUACCCCGGGUCACUGCGAAGCUCAUCCCAAACCGUUACACCAGCAUCGAUCAAAAAACAUCGGAUACGACCAUUGCAUUCCCCCACUUCACGCGGUGUAUCUCCCACUGGUACAUUGACCAUAGGCCGACUCAACAAUAGUAUGGUUGACGAUUCAACUCAGACAAAUGGUAAUUCGUCAUUAGAUGAUAUAUUGGAAGCAAAACGACUGGAGCCUCCGAUUCAAGGAAGUACUUUGGUGAAGUGGUAACGUAUUGUUGCCGCGAACAGCCGAAACUUCCAACAGUCAACGCUCUAUUGGUUAUACGGAAUCAGAUUUAUCGUUCUUAGAUCCAAGACGGAAACAAGAAGUGCAAACGCGUACCGACUUUAUUUACUAACUUCUUUCUUAUGUAUUUACUCAUUAAAUUUACUGAUAUACAAGCAGGAAUUUUUUUCUCAAACGAAGGUUUAUUACCUUAAUUGAAGUUUUCAGUUCGUUAACAC